CGGAUAUGCGAGCACUCUUGUUAUGGAGCUGUUUAACGUGUUGUAACAGGAGAAGCUGUUGGUAAUACACCGCGAAAAAAAACAUUUUCAUGUCAAGUUUGGAUUAAACUAAAAGAAGAAAUUAAAUUCGAGUAGAAAUGGAGACGAAUGAACCCGCACCAAUACUUUCCAGAAAAGAACUACGUAAACAGAAGCUGAUGGAAUACCUGGCAGCGAAAGGGAAGGUGAAACCACCCGGUGUUAGGCCAUGCCUCAAUAACGGCUGCCAGGAAAAGAAGCCUGUGACAUCUGCACUGAAGGUUAUUCUGGGAAAAGAGAACAAAGCUCCAGAUGAGAGAUUCAAAUGUAAUGGGUCAAAAAAUCAAACUUUGACUGCUCAGUUCAGCCAAGACCCUCCUAGAAGAGCAUUUAGUGUCACUAACAAUACAAAUGUGAAAAGCAGCACACGGAAUGGACAACAGAAUUUUACUCGUCAAUCCUCAAAAAAUGUCCCAGCACAGGCAAAACUUAAUCAAAACCCUGACCUCACCAGAACAUACACCCUUGUGUCUUCAAAAUCUUAUUUGUCCACAACCAGCCAUCUCAGAAAACAGCCAAAUGCAGGAAUUCAAACUUCUGUCGAAGCCCCCCCAGAUGCAGCGCUUAAGUUUGGGGCAAAAUCAAACUCCAAAUCCAGCCUCAGCUCAAACAGGGCUGCAUCAUAUCCAAUGAAAAUGGCCGGUGCCAGGUUGAGCAUUGGUCCAUUUGUCAAAACAAAAACAGGUCUCAUUCCUACAGUGACUCAACCAAGAAGCACAAAGUCAAAUAUACCACACCGUCUUGCCACAGCAAGUUAUAAUGCCACUACCACUACUACUGUAGAUGAGAAGAAGGUGCAAUCCAAAAGUACGUCAUCAGUCACCGUUUCCCAGAGGCCUGCAAUGGUUGUUUCUUCAACUAUAAAAGCUCGGGAUAAAGUUCAAGCUCAGAACAAGUAUCCACUCCUGAAUAAACUUACCCAGCCAAAUUCUAAGAGUCAGUUGUCAAGUGGAUUAAGAGCAGCAUCCAGUUUAGCUAAACACAAACCAGUAGUAACUACAAAACCGUCUUGUCAACUUGCAGACAGAUCUGUGAAAAGUAGAUCUGGGGCAGAUGGAGGAAAGAAUGGCCAACAAUGCAAAGUUGCUCCCCAGACAUCCUUGGCUCCAGCAAACAGGCACAGCUCCAGAGGCGUCAGCGUUGUUAACCGAACUGCUGUGACUAAUCUGGGAGGGAAAACCAAGAUAAAUAAAGUGACACAAAGCAAGAAAGAUAACAGCUCAACAAAUAACCCUCAACUUCAAGUACGACCAAAACAAAAAACACCAGUACUGUCACAGACAGUGCCACAGCCUUCCAGGACCAUUACUCUCACAGGCCGAGCUACAGACAUGAAGACACCAAAGGUUGUGGUCAGGGUUGGUCCCCAGGCAGAGGGAAAAACACUCACUGCAGCCCAGGAAGAAAGGCUGAAAAAACUGCAAGAAUGGCGAGAAGCAAAGGGCAUCUCCUAUAAACGUCCUCCAAUGCCGGUGAAACCUCCGGUCAGACGAACUGUUUCUUUAGCUCAGCCUUUCUGGGCAACCAUGAAGGCUGAAGAUGACGCCCAUUCCCUCGUCUGUGCUGUGGACAUUUCCCUCACUGACUGCAUCAAAUUGCUUGCAGAGGGCUGCCCUCCAAACCAGGUGAAGGAGGUUCUCUCACGGCUGCCUGCAGUGUCCCAGAAGUUUGCUAAGUACUGGAUCUGUCGAGCUCGCCUGAUGGAGCGAGAGGGCAACCUGGAUGUCCUGCCCAUGUUUGAAGAGGCUGUUCGUGUUGUGUUGGAACCAGUUGAUGAGCUGCGAACAGUAAUAUUUGACAUCCUGAAGAAAAAGGACGAGAUUCAAGCAUCUGAAGAAAACGAGAAGGAGGAGGACCCUAUUCCAACAGCUGAAAAUACUCCAGAAAACCUAGAGAUGACCCCAAAACCUGUCAGAGCUCUGAUCAAUGAGGAGAGAGGAGGCUCGUCUGUUGUCAAGUACAAGAUCACAGCCACUCCUGGUGGCCAUCCUAGCCAAAAGAGAGAGGCCAUACGGUUCAAUGGGCAGGAGGUUCGCUUCUUCACCCCAGUGCGACGUUCAGCGCGAAUAGAAAGAGCCUUCCUCCGAUAUCCGACCUCCCUACAGGACCACGACGUCUGUGUCACCUCCUACAAUGAUCUGAUCUCCAAGGAGGAUGAUGAAAGAUGCAAAGAACCCGAAAAUGGCGAGAGCAGCUUGUCUCCUAGCGACACACUGUACAUUUACAGAGAGAACGAGGCACUAAAAGAUAAAGUGUUUGUCCAGCUCGUCUAUGAUGACAAUGCGUAACUUUGUCUGCACACUUGCUCAUCACGUUUUGCAGUUAAAAAAUAACUGACUGCAUUAAACACUCACAACAUGACAAAGAGACAAAAAAGUUAGAUGCAUGUUCUUUGGAGUCAGAUCUCACAUUUCUCUGAAUGAAAGGUGGAUCUGGUUCUUAUAAAGAUAGGCAUGGGGCUGUUAUUUAUUGUACUUCUUUAUUGGGAAGUUGCUUGUUUUAUUUUUUAUUUUAUUGAAAAAUAAUACUUUGUAAAUAGUAAUGUACUUUUUCUUUAAUAAAUUUGCUCAUUAGUCCUGGUCUAACAUGUUGUGAGUGGAACCAGUUUCUACACAGAUCUUAUCAUCUGUGCCUCCUUCACAGCUGACACCCCCACACACAUUCACACUGCAGCAGAAAAGUGCAUGAUGCAACCUGAAAGUCUAGCAGAUAGGUUUCAUCUCACAUUCCUUACACAUAAACUGAGCCAUGAAUGGAAAGAUGGUAUUGAUAACCUGACAACUAUCUGUUCUGCAUUUAGUUUUCAGACUAGAUUGUAAUAAAACCAUCUGAAGGAAAUGUGUAGUAGCAUUUAC